CUGACUACAAAUUCACAUGCUUUUAACAAAUGCGGCGUGCGUUUUCGAUACAAAAAAAGUGACUGUUUAUAAAUAUAAAAGUUUUUGUAAAUCAAAAUGGAUAUUGACGAGCUAUUUGACUGCUUCAACGAGGUACCGCCAGAAAGUCUCAAGGCGCCAAUACCAACGAUUCCUGUAAAGAAUACGAAAGCAGAAAAAGUUGAUGAAGCUGCAUCAGUAAGCGACAACAAAAGCAGCAACAAAUCUAGUAAACGCCAAGCGAAUUCGGAUGCCAAGAUUAAAGAUGAAAUCCCUGCAAAGGAUAAGGAUGAAGAGGCGGAGCCUUCAAAGCGUCCACGUGCUGAUGACACAAAGGACGCCGAUAAUGAAUCUGAUGCUGAAGUAAAAGAAGAAAAAGAAGAGGACAAAAUCGAGGAGUUGGACGAUUGCGCCUUGGAAGCUCUUCGUGUGCGCAUUGUCACCCAUCAACUAGUGUCGCCUGAGUCCUGUACACACGAAGUGGCCGCCCAUCCCGAUCACGAGUACAUCCCACUGCAGCCAUUUACAGGCGUGCCAGCCAAGACAUAUCCCUUUGUGCUGGAUCCCUUCCAGAAGCAGGCCAUUCUCUGCAUAGACAACUCACAGAGCGUGCUGGUUUCCGCUCACACUUCAGCGGGAAAAACCGUAGUGGCGGAAUACGCGAUUGCCAAGUCGUUGUUGGCCAAGCAGCGUGUCAUUUACACCACGCCCAUUAAGGCGCUGUCCAAUCAAAAGUUUCGGGAGUUCACGGAUGAGUUUCAGGAUGUUGGUCUAGUCACUGGCGAUGUAACCAUUAAUCCGUCGGCCUCCUGUCUGAUUAUGACCACAGAGAUUCUACGUAAUAUGCUGUACCGAGGCAGUGAAGUCAUGCGUGAGGUGGGUUGGGUAAUCUUCGAUGAGAUUCACUACAUGCGCGACAAGGAGCGUGGCGUCGUCUGGGAGGAGACACUCAUCCUGCUGCCCGACAAUGUGCGCUAUGUGUUCCUCUCUGCCACCAUACCGAAUGCCCGUCAGUUUGCCGAGUGGGUGUGCCAUCUUCACAAGCAGCCUUGUCACGUUGUCUACACGGAUUAUCGUCCCACACCCUUGCAGCACUACAUCUUUCCAGCCGGCGGCGAUGGCAUCCAUUUGAUUGUCGAUGAGAAGGGUCAGUUCAAGGAGGACAACUUUACCACGGCUAUGGCGGUCUUGGCCAGUGCAGGUGAGGCGGGCAAGGGGGAUCAAAAGGGGCGUAAGGGCGGCAUCAAGGGUCACAAUUCGGGGCAAACAAACAUUUUCAAGAUUGUCAAGAUGAUCAUGGAACGCAACUUUGCACCCGUCAUCAUCUUCUCGUUCAGCAAAAAGGAUUGCGAGAUUUAUGCAAUGCAAAUGGCCAAGCUUGACUUUAACACACUGGAUGAGAAGAAGCUCGUGGACGAGGUCUUUCACAAUGCCAUGGAUGUACUCUCUGAGGAGGAUCGUCGCCUGCCGCAGGUUGAGAAUGUACUGCCAUUGCUGCGACGCGGCAUUGGCAUACAUCACGGUGGACUGUUGCCCAUUCUCAAGGAGACCAUUGAGAUUCUGUUCGGCGAGGGUCUAAUCAAGGCUCUCUUUGCCACAGAAACCUUUGCCAUGGGACUAAACAUGCCGGCGCGUACAGUUCUCUUUACCGCUCCACGUAAAUUCGAUGGCAAAGACUUUCGUUGGAUCAGCUCUGGCGAGUAUAUACAAAUGGCUGGCCGUGCCGGACGUCGUGGCUUGGAUGACAAGGGUAUUGUCAUACUGAUGAUCGAUGAGAAGGUGUCACCCGUGGUGGGUCGCGAGAUAGUCCAAGGCAAGGCGGACACACUGAAUUCUGCCUUCCAUCUGACUUACAACAUGGUGUUGAAUCUGCUGCGCGUGGAGGAAAUCAAUCCAGAGUAUAUGCUGGAGCGCAGUUUCUAUCAGUUUCAAAAUCAGGCUGCUCUUCCUGGUCUACAUGAUCAGGUGCAGGAAAAGACACAGCAGCUAAACAAACUGAGCAUCAAGGAUGAGCACAACAUUGCCUCUUAUCAUCACAUACGGGAUCAGCUUGAGUUGAACGGCAAGAAAUUCCGCGAAUGGAUUACAAAACCACAAUUUCUGGUUCCAUUUCUGCAACCAGGUCGCCUGGUGAAAGUGGCAGCUGGCAAGCAGGAGUACGAUUGGGGCAUUAUAUUGAACUUUAAAAAACAGGAUCAGAACCGCAAGAAUCCCAUGAAGAGCGAUCCGGGUGUUACUGUCGAUGUUUUGCUGCACGUGAGCGAGGAAGCGGCCAAGACUGGCGACACCGAGCCCUGUCCACCCAACGAACGUGGCUGCAUGGAAGUCGUUCCAGUGGCCAAUACACUAAUCACCCAAAUCAGUUCUAUACGCGUCUACUUUCCCAAUGAUCUGCGCACUGCGGACAAUCGACGUGCUGUUCUUAAGACCAUUCAGGAGGCGAAGAAACGCUUUCCCUUGGGUCCACCUGUGCUGCAUCCCGUUGACGACAUGAAUAUCAAGGAUUCCGAGUUCCGCAAAAUUGUGGAUACCAUUGCACAGUUCGAGACGUUGCUUGAGGAGCAUCCGCUGCACAAAUCUCCAGAAUUGGAGCGCAUACACAAACGCUACAUGGACAAGUUGACGUUACAGGCGGACCUGCGUGAUCUAAAGAUGGAACUGAAGGCUGCCCGCAGUCUGCUGCAGAUGGACGAGCUUAAGUAUCGCAAACGCGUGCUCCGACGCAUGGGCUAUUGCAAGCCAGGCGAUGUCAUAGAGUUCAAGGGUCGCGUCGCCUGUGAACUGAGCUCUGCCGAUGAAUUGCUCAUCACGGAAAUGAUCUUUAAUGGUGUAUUCAACGAACUUUCAGCUCCACAAGCAGUUGCAUUGUUGUCCUGUUUUGUAUGCGACGAGAAGUCUUCCGAGUCGCCAAAAAGUGCCACAGAGCUGUCCGGCCCGUUGCGUUCCCUACAGAGUCUGGCCCGGCGCAUUGCCAAGGUGUCGUCGGAGUGCAAACUGCAACUGGAUGAGGAUAACUAUGUGGAUAAGUUCAAGCCCUUCCUAAUGGACGUUGUGCUCGCCUGGUGCAAGGGUUCCAGUUUCCUCAGCGUAUGCAAAAUGACCGACAUCUUUGAGGGUUCCAUUAUUCGUUGCAUGCGGCGUCUGGAGGAGCUGCUGCGUCAGCUAUGCCAGGCCUCAAAGACCAUUGGCAAUACAGAUUUGGAGAACAAAUUCUCCGAGGGAAUACGUCUCCUGAAACGCGACAUUGUGUUUGCCGCCUCGCUUUAUUUAUAAGUCGAUUUCAAGCUAAUGUAUCUUUAAGCACAAAAAGAAAACUUUAUUUACUAAUUUUAUGGUUUUUGUGUUUUGAUGAUGAAAGAACACAAGACACGUGAAGCAUUAACAUUGUGUUGGACAUUUUACAAAUGAAAUAAUAGUUAAAAUUGUAUGAUUACAAUAAAAUAAAAUAAAAUAAACUAAAUAUAAAUGUAAGUGGUAAUGUUAAUGCUAGUGUAUUUUUAUGUUUUCAAACAUGUAAACAAUAGAUCAUAUAAUCUAUAUAUUAUAUAUACAUAAACAUAUAAAAUAAACAAGUUACACACGCUUCACAUGAAAACAUAAAAAUUAUUGGACGGUUCACACUGAUUUGUAUGGUCGUUUGGUUCUAUAUAUGCGACACAUAAAACAUACAUAUAAAAUACAUACAUAUAUAAUUAAAUACAUGAGUACAUUUACUUAACUUUAGGCUAGAUCCGCAUAAAGGCACUUGUCUUAUAAUUUAUAAAUAAUUGAUGAUUAAUAAUUAUGUGAUUAUGAUGGGAAUUUCAAUCGGUGCUCUGCUAAGUUGGAUUCAGUUUUAUUCAAAACAUAUAAUCGUAUUUGUUAAGAU